AUGAAAGACUCAAUUUUCGUUCUUGAAGCAGACAGACCAACGGGCAUUGCCACUAUAUCCGCCCUCUUCAACACUGGUUCUAAGAAAUCAAAUCGUCGUAUCAAUGUAAAGGCUGGUGUGAGUCCAAAUAGUUCGCAGGAAGUUCGUGAAAAGCUUUCACAAUGUGGAGCAGAAGUUGUAGUAAUCGAUGAUCCACAAAAUGUGAAAUUUGAUGGUGUUCAUAAAUUAAUGAUCAUUUUGGCACCCGAAAGAUUGGAUGCAGGAUUCAUUUAUGUUGAAGCUGCUAAUCGGGACAUGGUUCCUUUCGUAUUGUUGCAAUCGAUUGUUAAUGCUGAUGAACGGGAUGAUUAUGUAGCAACGAAGUUUGGAGAACUUGAAGAGAAAGUUAAAAAGACAAUAAAAAAAGAAUGUAAUAAUGAUGAAACUGAGGAUCUUAAAGAUUCUCAUGUCCACCGCUAUUGGACAAUUUUAAGAACCGGAGUUUAUGAUCAUUACUUGUUAGCGUUCAAGGAUUGCAUUAAAAAAGGUGUUUUAGAUCUGCCUAUUGGUGACGGGGAGUUUGCGCCAGUUGCAGUCGAAGAUAUCGGCAAGAUCGCAGAACAUAUACUUGAUAAAUCUGAAAACUAUUAUUCUCAUACUUAUACCGUUACUGGAUAUGAACUUUUGUCUGGCAAACUUCUCGCCGAACGUCUAAGCAAAACUCUUCACCAUGAAUUAGUUUAUAAACCGUCUGAAGAUGAAAAACAUAUCAAAGAACAUAUUAAGCAAUAUGUCACUACUCCUAUUGAGGUCGAAAGCGUCUAUCGUUUAUUCAGGUUUAUUAAGGAGGGUAAAUUGAAAUAUGUAACUCCUCAUUUUACUGAAAUUGAAGGAUGGAAACCUAAAACGGUUGUGCAAUUCUUCUUGGAAAACAAAGAUGAGAUACUAAAAUAA